GUGGGGGCGUCUCUCUUUGCCAGUAACAUCGGCUCGGGACACUUUGUGGGCCUGGCCGGGACUGGAGCCGCCGGAGGCAUCGCCGUCGGAGGCUUCGAGUGGAGCGGAAUGUUCAUUGUGCUACUGCUGGGCUGGAUCUUCGUCCCCAUCUACCUGCGGGCUGGGGUGUCGACCAUGCCAGAGUACCUGGGCAAGCGUUUUGGUGGGGGUCGGAUCCAGCUCUACCUGUCCCUGCUCUCCUUGGGGCUCUACGUGGCCACCAAGAUCUCGGUGGACAUGUACUCGGGUGCCAUAUUUAUCCGCGAAGCUUUGGGCUGGGACCUCUACGCGUCCGUGGGAGCUCUGCUGGGGGUAACGGCCAUCUACACCCUUACUGGGGGUUUGGCUGCUUUGAUGUUUGCCGACCUGAUCCAAACCUUCAUCAUCGUCCUGGGAGCCUCAAUCCUGGCAGGAUAUG